GUUCACUUAGAAAAUAAAAUAUUCCAAGUGUCAGUGAAGAUUCCAUCAUUAAAUUAACAUGGGCUCUCCACUCCAUCUCAUUCUCCAGCUCCUCAUGCUUCUUAUCUGUGUACAAGGAUCAGAUUCUUCACAUGGAAUAAAGCACAAAAAUAACGAGACAGCUGUGCUGGGAGAAAAUGUGACAAUUUUCUGCAAUUUAACAAAUCCAGCAGAUGUUCUGCAAAUUACCUGGCAGAAGAUCCAAGAUUCUUUGCCACAAAAUAUUGGCACAUAUAGUAGUAAAUAUGGAGAAAAGAUUCUUCCACCAUAUAUAGAUCGGCUGUACUUCAAGGUCAUCGAACCCAAUUCCUCAUCCAUAACUAUCCGUGAAGUGACAUUUGAAGAUGAAGCCUGCUACAAAUGUCUAUUUAAUGUGUUCCCAUAUGGCAGUCAUGGAGGACAAAUCUGCCUUAACAUUAUAACUGUAUCUGAAUUAAAAACUGAACUCCAGCCCAAUCUUGGCUCUGAAGAUUUUCUUAGGUUUAUUCAGUCAGCUGUGGGAAAACCUGCUCCUCGAAUAUCUCUUUUCCCUUCACAAGUCUUGAUUAAUCCACCAGAGGAAUACCUUGCUCACAAUCCAAACGGCACGGUGACUAUCACUAAAAUGUACAACAUCUGCUUGGAGACGGUGAGAUCCCUAAGACUUCAAAACCUGAUUGUGCACAUUGAUCAUCCUCUAAGAAACAAAGAGAAGAUUAUUCCUCUGCCAGUCCAACAAGAAUGGUUCUUGCCACCAUGUUCUGGAAUUAAUGUGCCUUGACCCCAUUUCCAGGAGUGCAAGAAAGCACAGGUUUUCCCCUCAUCACAUA